AUGGGUGUCGUGCUCCAAUAUGCCAUUACUGGCACUUUUAUUAGUACUGCGGUGGUCCUCGCUGUCACAUAUGUCGUCAUUUUCGAUGUCAUCAACGAAAUCAACGAGUUUCAGGACGAGAUCGAAAAGGACCUCGAUCAAUUCAAGCACAUCGCCAACGACGCAUGGAAAACGAUGAUGGCUCAAGAUUCUCCGCAUUUGUCAGUCUUCAGUGCCCGUAUUAGAAGAGGUGGUACGUACAACACGGGUGGUGGUGGAGGAGGCUACGCAGGUGGUGGAGGCGGUGGUGGAGGUGGAGGAGGCUACGCAGGUGGUGGAGGCGGUGGCGGAAGUGGUGGCGGUGCAUCGUAUUCUGGAGGCCCUCGAGGAAGAGGAGGUGUCGGUGGUGGAGGAGGCGCCUAUGCUGCUGGAAUUAGUGGUGGAGGUGGCGGUGGCGGAUCAGGAGGAGGUGGUGGUUGCCAAUGCGCAGCUAAAGCCGCAGCUUGCCCUCGCGGCCCACCUGGACCACCCGGCCAAGCUGGAUCACCAGGAGAAGAUGGUCAACCUGGUCAGGAUGGUGUACCAGGAGGUGCUGGCCAGCAAGACAGCGGUAACGCAGGAGGCGGAUGCAUUACUUGUCCUGCUGGACCUAUGGGACCACCAGGGUCAGAUGGACCGCCCGGACCCCCAGGACCAGAUGGAAAUCCAGGAAUGGAUGGUCAAGGUGGAGGAGGAGGUGAGCCUGGACCAAUGGGUCCGCCGGGACCACCUGGUUCAGAUGGAAUACCGGGAGCCCCUGGACAAGAUGGAGAGCCAGGAGCACAAGGAACGAGAUCCAGCACUAUGCCUGGAGAAGCAGGACCACCGGGGCCGCCGGGUCCACCAGGUCCACCGGGAGAAGACGCCGGAUAUGUUGGAGAAGGCAGUCCAGGACCAGCAGGACCUCCAGGUCCACCUGGAAAUCCCGGAGCACCAGGAGGGCCUGGAGAGCCUGGACAACCAGGAUCGAGUGGAGCACCUGGAUCUGAUGCCGCAUACUGCCCAUGUCCUCCACGAGCGGGUGCAGGAGGAGCUGGUGCAGGAGGCGGUGGCGGAGGAUCGUACUCAGCUGGCGGUGGUGCCAGCGUAGGAUUAGCAGGAGGAGGCGGAGGAUCUUAUUCAGCAGGAGGAGCAGGAGGCGGCGGCGGAGGAGGAUCGUAUUCAGCUGGCGGUAGUGGAGGAAAAGCUGGUGGAGGAGGAGGAUCAUACUCAGCAGGAGGAGCAGGAGGCGGCGGCGGCGGAGGAUCAUACUCAGCAGGAGGAGCAGGGGGCGGCGGCGGAGGAGGAUCGUACUCUGCUGGAGUCAGUCGCUCAGCUGCACCAGCAGGCGGUGGCGGAGGAGGAUCGUAUUCAGCAGGCGGUGGUGGAGGAAAAGCAGCUGGUGGAGGAGGAGGAUCAUACUCAGCAGGAGGAGCAAGAGGCGGCGGCGGAGGAGGAUCAUACUCGGCAGGAGCAGGAGCCGGCGGAGGUGGAGGAAAACCAGCUGGAGGAGGAGGAGGGUCAUACUCAGCAGGAGGAGCAGGAGGCGGCGGCGGAGGAGGAUCAUACUCAGCAGGAGCAGGAGCCGGCGGAGGUGGAGGAUCGUACUCUGCUGGAGCAAAACGCCCAGCUGCACCAUCAGGCGGGGGUGGAGGAGGAUCGUACUCAGCCGGCGGUGGCGGAGGAAAACCAGUUGGUGGAGGAGGAGGAUCGUAUUCAGCCGGAGGCAGUAGUGGCGGAGGAGCGGCAGGAGGUGGAGGAGGUUCAUACUCAGCAGGGGGAGCAGGAGGCGGCGGCGGAGGAGGAUCGUACUCAGCCGGUGGUGGUGGUGGAGGAAAAGCAGCUGGUGCAGGAGGAGGAUCGUAUUCAGCAGGAGGCAGUAGUGGCGGAGGAGCGGCAAGAGGUGGAGGAGGUUCAUACUCAGCAGGAGGAGCAGGAGGCGGCGGCGGAGGAGGAUCGUACUCAGCCGGAGGCAGUAGCGGGGGAGGAGCGGCAAGAGGUGGAGGAGGUUCAUACUCAGCAGGAGGAGCAGGAGGGGGCGGCGGAGGAGGAUCGUACUCAGCCGGUGGUGGUGGUGGAGGAAAAGCAGCCGGUUCGUACAAAAGACGACGUGUUCACCGUCUUCACGCCUAA